UUAAUAUUCAAGUCGAUUCGGGCGUUUAAAAAAAUGAUAACGAUCGAACUUUAUAAAAUUUUUAAUAUUUAUACCAAUCCCGACAUGUUUAAUAAACAAUAUGGCGACGCGCACGGUCGACGGACAAAACUUAAGCGAAAGAGAGGAGAACGGUUUAAGUAGAAUUAGCUCGACGACUUCUUUUCAUACGGAAAAUAGCUUUUCGGAUCUGGAUAACGACGACGGCGUCAAAGAGAAAAGUCUUAAGUCGAACGAAGAAAAAUGGCCGACGUUGUUCAUCUCGAAAACAACUUUCUCGCAAAUCAGAAAAAGUAAACAAAAAAGAGAUCCCGUGGCUAUCGAGAGAUCCAAUCUGGUAAAUGUUACGAAGCUCGUCGUCAAAGAACUGAUAGAGUCGUCUCUAAAAUAUGGUCGCAUGCUGGACUCCGAUCACGUCCCAUUGCAGCAUUUUUUCAUUUUGUUAGAACACGUAUUACGUCAUGGAUUGAAGCCUAAAAAGGGAUUACUCGGUCCGCGUAAGGAAUUGUGGAAUAUGCUGCAGCUGGUCGAAAAUUAUAUGCCCGAAGCCUCCGACAUUACGGCGAGCGUUAGAGAUUUGCCAACAGUAAAAACUCAGCUCGGCAGAACAAGAGCUUGGUUGAGAUUAGCUUUAAUGCAGAAGAGGUUGGCCGAUUAUUUUAGAUUCCUUGUUGACAAAAAGGACGAAAUACUUGCAGAAUUUUAUGAGGACGAGUCAUUGAUGAUGUCAGAGGAAGCUGUUGUUAUUGGUGGUUUAUUAGUUGGACUGAAUGUAAUUGACUGUAAUUUGUGUGUGAAAGAAGAAGAUUUAGAUUCUCAGCAAGGAAUAAUUGAUUUUAGUCUCUAUUUGAGGGACAACAAUCAUGAAGUACCUCCUGAAGGAGUUGAAUCAGCAAGUAUGACAGCUGUUUUAGAUCAAAAAAAUUAUAUUGAAGAACUUAACAGGCAUUUAAAUGCGACUGUGACCAACCUUCAGCAGAAGGUGGAGCAUCUUCAGACAACAAAUGCAUUGAUGAAAGAAGACUUAGCUAUUGCCAAAAAUCAAAUUUUGUCUCUUCAAGACGAAAACAGUAUUCUCCAAAGAGCUCAAGAACAUUUAACGGUGGAACAUCGCAGGAAAUUGGAUGAAGCAAGGGCAGAUAUGUCUGCAGAAAGGGAAACCUACCACACAAAUCAGGCAGGUUUAGAUAGUUUAUAUAAUGAUAUAAAAAAGCAGCUACAAGAAGAAAUACAAAAUAAACAGGACUUGGAACAAGAAUUGGAACUUCAAGGAAAUUUAAGAAGAGAAGCAGAAAUGGCCAUGAAGUUACUAGAAAAAGACAUUCACGAGAAACAAGACACUAUUGUUUCUCUCCGUCGUCAGCUCGAAGACAUAAAAGCUAUUAAUUUACAAAUGUAUAAUAAAUUGCAGGAGUGCGAGGUAUCUGUCAAACAGAAAAACGAGCAGAUUGAGCUUUUGGAAAAAAAUUCUAACAAGAUGACAGAAGUUCUGAAAGAUCUGGAAAAUAAACUAAAUCAAGUAAACAAACAAAGAAAGAUUAAUGAUGAAACCAUCAGAAAAUUAGGACAGCAAUUAGCUGAGAAAGAUCAGUCUAGGGCCAUUUUAGAAUCAGAUUUGAAAAUUGAGAGAGAAUGGCGAAUGUCGCUCCAAUCGGCUGAUGAAGAUCAGAAAAACAGAAUAGCAGAUCUUCAGCAUUAUAAUGAGCAAUUACAAACUGCUUCUUUAGAACAUCAGAGACUGAAAGACGAAUAUAAACUACUCGAGAAGAAGUGUGCGGAACACGAAAUGACAUUGGAAGAAAUAGGAACACAGUUGAAAGAAUCUAGGCUAGAAGUUGAAGACUUAAAAGAAAGUCAUCUUUCACUGAAGGAAGCUGUAUGGACCAGAGACAAAGAAGCAUCAAGCUGCAAGCAAUGUAAUAAACUUUUUUCUGUUGCUAGAAGAAAGCAUCACUGUCGCCACUGUGGAGAAAUCUUCUGCAACACUUGCUCUGACAAUACAAUGCCUCUUCCAUCGUCUGCUAAACCACUCAGGGUUUGUGACAAUUGUUACACGUUAUUGUUACAGAGAUAUUCUACUUCCUGAAGCUUACUGGUAUUGUUACAGUAAGUUACGAUCCUAGUGAAAAGAUUUCUUAACCGUUUAAUAAAAGUGCAAAUAGUCUGGGCAAAAUUCUAUAUAUACAUAAGUUUAUAAGCUGAGCACAAUAUAAAUAAUGUUUUUGUAAUGUUGGUGUAAGAAUUAUUAUGAAUUUUUUUUAUACAUUAAUUUGAAAACAACAAAAUAACUC